CUAGGGGUCAGGGGUCACUGACUGGCAAAGGCUGCAAAGCGUUUCUUCGAAACCGGGCCAGUCAGCCCAUCCUGAGCCGAUGGAAUCCGCGCAACGCUGCGCUUUGUGCCGCCAGACCUUCUUCUGUGGUCGCGGACACGUCUACAGUCGCAAGCACCAACGGCAGCUGAAGGUGGCUUUGGAGCGGCUUCUGCCCCAGGUGGAGGCAGCCCGCAAGGCCAUCCGCGCCGCCCAGGUGGAGCGUUACGUGCCGGAGCAUGAACGAUGCUGUUGGUGUCUGUGCUGCAGCUGCGAGGUGCGGAAACACCUGAGCCACGGAAACCUGACCGUGCUGCACGGGGGGCUGCUGGAGCAUCUGGCCAGCCCAGAGCACAGGAAAGCAACCAACAGGUUCUGGUGGGAAAACAAGGCCGAAUCCCAGAUGAAAGAGAAAUUUCUGAUUUCCCCCCAAGAUUAUGCACGAUUCAAGAAAUCCAUGGUGAAAGGUUUGGAUGCCUAUGAGGAAAAAGAGGAUGAGGUGAUCAAAGAGAUGGCAGCUCAGAUCCGGGAGGUGGAGCACAGCCGACAGGAGAUGGUUCGGUGUGUCUUAGAGCCUCAGGCAGUACCAGACCCAGAAGAGGGUUCUUCAGCACCUGGAAGCUGGAAAGGGAUUAACAGCCAAGUAGCCUCCACCUCCCAUCGGCCCUCAUACUUGAACCUACCACCAGCCCCAGAGCUUGACUGGAUGGAGACAGGACAACCUUUGACAUUCAUUGGCCAUCAGGACACACCAGGAGUUGGCAAUAUCCACUCAGGUGCCACACCUCCCUGGAUGGUCCAAGAUGAGGAAUGCAGCUCUGGGCACCAACCAAUAGGACCCUCCUAUGAAGAGUUCCUUAAAGAAAAGGAAAAACAGAAAUUGAAGAAACUUCCCCCAGAAAGAGUUGGGGCCAACUUUGAUCACAGCUCCAGCACCAGUGCAGGCUGGCUGCCCUCUUUUGGUCGGGUGUGGAAUAAUGGACGCCGCUGGCAAUCCAGGCAUCAAUUCAAAAGUGAAGCUGCAGCAAGGAAGAAACAGCAAUCACGUAAAGAAAAAAAGCUAAUGGUUUCCUGAUAUUUCAGCAACCACAACGCUCAAAGAUGAACCAACAAAAUCAUACUUGCUAAUCUUUACAAUUCCCUUCCAUAGGAAACAGACAUACCGACUUAUUUGAUUUAAUAAAGUUUUAUUUUUCAAAAAUGUACAGUUUGUGGGACCUGCAAAAAAAAAAUUAAAAAAGAAUCAGAACUAUAAAGCAUUAUAAGAGGAUGCACACCUCACACAGCACAAGACCCUUGCUCACCUGCUUACGCAUCUUCGCCAGCAGCUGGAGCAUCUCCACCCUUGGUGUUUCUGGUGUAAAUUACUUGUGCUCUGUGCUUUGAAACUAGUUUGAUAAGUCCUAAAGAGAAGAUGUUUUCAUAGAAGCACUAUGAGAUACUUAAAAGCUGCAAUAAAGUGAGUUUUAUAUCCCUCCCAGCAAAAUGCUAUUUUUGACCAUAAGGACAUAUGGUAACAGAAGCAGGCAUGCCUACAAACCAGGGUGAUUCAUCUAAUUUCAUGUAGACUUUUGAAAACUGGCAGCAUACUAUCUACUCCUGAUAUAUCCACCCUCACAACACUUUGCUCAUAAACUUUUUUUUUUUAAAUCACCAUUUCUGCAUUAGGCACGACAGACAGCUUUAAAAUGUUUGUACUAACACAGUAAUUAGACCCACCAC